AUGACCACUAGCUCCACCAAAAAAGUUCAGCGGCAGGCGCGAACUCAAACCGCAGUCAGCAGCGCAUUCACUCACCACCAGCGCCUCACAGACAUUCAGAGCAUGGCGCCGCCUUCCUUCUCGCCCGACACAUCCAUCUCUUCGCAUACUCUCUCAAUCGGAUCCGCCCAGCCACCACAUAUGGAACUCCAGCCGUCCGCCGCGACUUCGCCCUCAAGUCUGCUCACCAAACCACUCGCUUUUCUCCAGCCCACCCCGCAGCUCAAUGCGACAUUCCUAGCCGCCGCCAAACGCUACCUGGACCCGGUGGCUGCCGGCGUAAGCGCGUCGCAAUCCCAACGACAGCAAGAUCUGCGCAAGAAGCGGAAGCGGGGCGGGGGUUACGACGAUGAUAUCACCGUCUUACACUUGAAGAAGGUGCAUCUGGACGGAUUCGGCGUAAAUCAGGUGUUUGAGCAGACGCGCAAGAUUGUCGAGGCGACGACAGAUGAAAUCGAACUUUCGCUACCCGACCAAGAAGACGGAGUUGUCGCUGUGCGCGACGGCGAAGACGACGAUGAAAGCAUCGAGGAAGCUGAAGAGGAAUACCACACCGACUCGGACAUAGGUGAAGAGGGUGUAGAUUGGGAGUACGAUGGAGUAGACGAAGACGAGGACGAAGACGCGCUGGAUGAAGAGCAGGACGACGAGGACAUUGACAUGGAAGACGGGGCAGAGGGCAUCUUCUCUGAUGCUGAGUCCAACGAUGCACCCGCUGAGACCUACCAACCCGACCCCAACGGUCUCAACGACGGCUUCUUCUCUAUAGACGACUUCAACAAGCAGACCGACUUCCUAGAACAGCAGGAUCAGAGAGGGGAGGGUGCGGAUAGCGACGAUGACGAGGUAAAUUGGGAAGCAGAUCCCAUGGAAGACGGCGCAUCCAAAAUCAAGGCGAAUGGUGUUGGAGGGGAUGCAUCAGACGAUGAGUCUGACGAAGGUGGGCCAACCUUUGGCAAUGCAGAUCUGAAUGCACCAGAAGGCGAUAGUGGCGAUGAAGACGACGUCGAGGAGGGUGACCUCGAUGGCCUUGAUACCGGCAUGAACGCCAACAACGUCAUGUACAAGGACUUCUUCGCACCUCCCGCGCAGAAGGCGAGCAAAAACAAGAGCGGCAAGAAGCGCGGACGGCCCAACCCCCACAACUUCCCUGAGAAGCAGGCACAACCGGAAGAAGAAAUCGAAGAGGACGUAGAAAAGACUAUAGCCAAGGUACACCGAGAUCUCUUCGAGGACGACGACGAUGUCGAAAGCGAAGGCGAUUUAUCAGACGUAGAUCCUGCAGAUCCGAAGUCGAGGCGAUCAACACACGAACGAAGACAGGCCAAGAUCGCAGAAGAGAUCAGGAAGCUGGAAGCGGCCAACGUCGCGAAACGGGAAUGGCAGCUGUCUGGUGAAGCUCGUGCAGCCGACCGACCACUAAACUCGCUUCUCGAGGAGAAUCUUGAGUUUGAGCGAGCCGGCAAGCCCGUACCAAUCGUCACACAGGAAACCUCCGAAGACAUCGAAGCCCUAAUCAAACGCCGCAUCUUAGCAGGAGAGUUCGACGAGAUACAUCGCCGACGACCUGAUGAUCUAGCCACCGGCCCCCGCCGCGGCCGCAUCGAACUCGACGACACAAAGUCCGGCAAAGGUCUCGCCGAGAUCUAUGAAGAAGAGCACCUCCGCGCCACCGAUCCCAACUUCGUCGAAGCCAAGGAUGAGAAGCUCAAGAAGGAGCACGACGAGAUUGCCGGCCUCUGGAAAAGCAUAUCCGCCAAGCUCGACUCCCUCAGCUCUUCGCACUUCAAACCCAAGCCUGCAGCUCCUAACCUGGAGAUCCGCACCGACGCUCCUGCUAUCGAAAUGGAAGAUGCGCGGCCCACUGCUGGCGGCGAGGUGGCCAGUGCAAGCAUGCUCGCGCCUCAGGAGAUCUACAAGCCUGGCGAGGAGAAUACCAAGACGGAGAUUGUCACAAAGAGUGGUAUGCCAGUUGCCCGCGAGGAGAUGUCGCGAGAGGAGAAGAUGUCCAGGCGGAGACGCGCCAAGGAGAGAGCAAAGAAGGCCGGUCUUAACAAGCCGGUGGAAAAGAAGACAGAGGGCAAGGAGAAGAAGAGGGGCGAGAAGAAGCAGCUCGUCAGUGAUCUCAAGAAGGGCGGUGUACAGAUUAUUGGAAGAAAGGGCGUGCUUACUGACGUCGAGGGCAAGGAGGUCAAGGAGGCUGCGAAGAGGGGCGCGGGAAGCUUCAAGUUAUGA